AUGCAACUAAUUUCGAUUAUUACAAUUGUUGUACUCAGCUUCGGUUGUGUAUUGGCGUAUAACAAAACACGUAAUCAACAAUGGAAGUUAUGGAAAGAUAAACACAAGAAAAACUAUUCUGAUGCCGACGAACUUGUUCGACGUGCUGUGUGGGAGAAUAAUUCGAAGAUUAUCGAAGAACACAAUCUUCAAGCUAAUCUUGGUGUUUAUACGUAUCGACUUGGAAUGAAUCAAUAUGGAGAUUUAACUGUCAAUGAGUUUGUGCAAAAAUACACUGGUUUCAAAGGAAAGAUGAAAACAAAAGACAAUCAAGUUCAUGAAGUAUUGGUAUCCGAUUCGACUGCUAGUCUACCAGACUCUGUUGAUUGGCGUAACCAGAGCGUUGUUGAAGCAGUCAAAGAUCAAGGCGCUUGCGGAUCAUGUUGGGCCUUCUCAACAGCUGGCGCAAUUGAAAGUGCAUAUGCUAUUAAAAAUGGCACGCUUCUUUCCCUUUCUGAACAACAAUUAAAUGAUUGUUCUGGCGGAGAUGGAAAUGAAGGUUGUAACGGUGGUAUGACGGAUAAUGGCUUUGUAUAUGUCAUCAAUGCAGGUGGCAUCGAAACAGAAAGUUCAUAUCCAUAUAAAACGGUUGACCAGGCAUGCAUGUUCAAUGCAACAGACAUUGCUGUCAAAGUCUGCGAUUUCGUUCAGUUAGCAUCAGGAAAUGAAGCAGUUCUCCAACAAGCCGUUGCUACAAUUGGACCAAUAUCAGUCUCGAUUGAUGCUAGUCAUUCCUCAUUUUACUUAUAUGAAUCCGGUGUCUACAAUGAACCAACUUGCUCACAAACCUUAUUUGAUCUUGAUCAUGCUGUUCUUCUUAUUGGUUAUGGUACAGACGGAGGCGAUGAUUAUUGGCUGAUAAAAAACAGUUGGGGCACAAGUUGGGGUGAACAAGGUUAUAUGAAAAUGACACGAGAUCAAAAUAAUCAAUGCGGUAUCGCGACGUUUGCCAACUAUCCGAUUAUUUGCUCCGCUAAUAUGCAACCAGUACAACAUCAACCAGUACAGCAUUGGGUAUCGGAUGCUUUCUGUAUGACACCUAAUAUGUUCCUGAUGAUCGGUAUCUGUUGCUUUGUAAAGACAAUUUACGACUUGUAA